AUGCCGAACAAGAAUCCAAAGGGAAAGGGGAAGGGUAAAGCCAAGGCUGCUCCAAGGCCCCAAAACCCCAGGCCUCCUCCUAGACCCCAAAAUCCUACUGCUCCUGAACCAAGGGCUAUGCGACUGACCCGAGCCCGCUCCAGGCUUAACAAUGCCCCUCCUCUGAUGGCGAGCCUUGAAUCUGAUAGAGAUUGCCAAGGACGUUCCCUAGUUGCGGACCCUGAGCCCUUGCCAUUCAAGGAUGUUGUUCAAAGGCUCGGCGGCACUGCUAAUAUUGCUAACAGAGAAAAGAGAGUCAGGCUAAAACUGAAUUACGCUGCACGCACUUCGGCUGCUGGCCCUUCAAACCAGGAUCAGCCCUCAAGCUCGAACACAGCAGCAGCGAGUUCAUCUUCCUCUGCUGCAACUCCUGCUGCAGCAAUUGCUACUCCGUCCCUAAGCCCUAGCACAACAGCUAGUUCAAGUUCAAGCUCAGCAGGUUCAACUCCCUCUGACCAGAAUGAGCCUGAAGCUCCAACAAGGGGAAUAAUCAAGCUCAACACCCAUAACGGUGCAGCUUACCGGGAAGCACAAGUUUCGGGCCAGAACCAGCUUGCAAGCUCGAGGUCGGAACGAACAUCUUCAUCAUCUGCAGCGGGCCCUUCUGGUCAGGGCCGUCAUCUCAGCGAAGGCUCCAGCUCCAGCUCGGAGCUUUCAUCCCUGCCAUAUACAUCCCCUUCCCCUCCACCAGCCUUUCCUUCUGAUCAAGAUGAGCACUCCAGCUCAAGCUCGAGUUCAGGAUCCUCCUCAUCAUCAUCUUCGCCUUCAUCGGAAACUCAGGCGCCUGGAACCCCAAGGCCUUUGGCAGCUGGGCCAACCAAUGCCAUUCCAUCCUCGAGCACCGGCUCGAGCUCAAACCCGGACACAGAAUCCUCUUCGCCGAAUUCACCUACUCGAACUUCUCCACGUCCAAACCAUCCAAGUCCCGACACGAUAAAGAUAGACGUACUUAUCGCCACAGGUCACGAACAGCCGAGUAGCGACGAGUAUGAAAGCGAUGGCGACGGCUGUUCUGGCGAUACCCCAAGUGAUGGAUCUGAGGAUGAAUCAAGUGGAAGCGGAGGUACCAGUGGUUAUGAACCCUCUGAGGACACUGAUGACAACACGGUAUUUACCGGCUCUGAAAGUUCAUCAGAUUCGGAGGGAGACGAUGGGAACGAUGAUGAUGAUGCACCAGGAGGACCAUGCUCUGGGCCUUCUGGGCCCUCUGGCCCCUCUGAUCCUCCUGGGUCCUCAGGUGUUCUGAUUGCUGCUGGUUCCUCGUCCGCCCAAGAGUAUCCAAGCGGAUAUGAGGCCGACGAUGAGUACAAUUCAGGGCCGGCUGCUGACGCUUCCACCAUUGUACGCGAUGAUACAGGCGCGUGGGCGAUGGUGAGCGACAUGUCCAGGGCCAGGAACCGUUCUACAUGCCUUGCUGGAUUUGAUUCGCCCAGGCUCGAUGGCCGCCCUAGACGACCAAGUCGUCCUGCAGAUAUCAAAGUUCCGGCCAUCGGCUAUAGCGGAUAUGUUGCUCAAAUCGGUCGUGGGGAGAACGACAGCCUUAUCGGACCACUGAGAAGCUCAUUCCAAGGCCCUGUUCAGUCUAUUGGACGAUUGGACACUCCUCCCGCCCACUCAGAAGGCGUCGUGGCAAAGCGUAAGAGGUCUUGUGACGGUGAUGAGGACGCUCCCGCAGCAAGAAUAAAGAAGACACGCUCUUUGUCACCGCGCAUGGUUGUUGAAACUUCGACAACCACAAUCACGACCACACGCUCUGCCUCUGAGCCUCGGCAACCUGUGGCCUGGAACUCUGGUCCCUCAGUUUCCGAUGAGCCUAGUCCUGUGAGAAACGAGCCAGUCGCAUACGCGAUGAUGGCCACUCCUAUGGACGAUCCAUCCUCAGGUGAAAUCAGCCCGCUGAUCUGGCCAUCUUAUGAUCCUGAAAUCCCAGGUAUGCACGGCUCCGGACUUAGAGCUCGUCGCCAUUAUGACUGGUACGAGCAGUUUCAUUCUGUAGGAUAUGAGUGUUACGAGGUUCAUCCCUGUCCUCACAACCCGGGGAGAGGAUGCCACCAGUGUCAUAGUGAGUGGCACAAGGAUUGGGCUCGUUUCUUCAAGUCUGAGGAGCUUUUGCAAGAAGCAGCUGCUGAUCCUGAGAGAUAUCUGAGAGAGACAGGACUGGAUAUGCGCGAGGACUUUAUGGGAGCCUUGUUGCAGGGCGCAAGUUGGGAGGUGCUGGCACCUCAUCUUCAGCCUCCCACUGGCGGGAGGGUUCGAAUCCAUCCUGCGCGACUUGCCAAGCAUAGGCUGGCCCUUGAUCAGACGGCAGCGCAGGUAUGA